GUGAGUAAAACAGUGUAAAAGUCUGACAUUAUGUACUGGCGCUGGAUCUUUAGACCGGGAUUAUGGAGAAUUAUUAUUCUGUUAGCAUAUAACGAUGUGACCGUAUCAGGCUAACGUCUUCUAGGGCAGCAGGAUAAACAUGGCCUCUAUUUGUGCACAGCUGUGUCUAAGAGGCACGGGUCCUCUUUACUCUAAGACAGUGAGCAAUACCUGGCAGUAUUACACUCAAGUUCAACAGUGGAUGAAGUUGACAAGAGUACCAACCAAAGUUAGUAAUGGAUUAUCGAUCAGGGAAAACCACACAGCUCUGGCAAGAUUGAGUUGGAAACAACAGAUUUGCUUCUACAGUGACUCAACAGCUACUACUCAACAUCUGACAACUGAGGCAAAGGAAGGCAACUAUACAGAGGAGUUGUCAAGAACUGAUGUUGCACGCAAGACCCAACUAUUGCCAACCAGAGAUGCUGUACCCGUUACUGAACAUCACAUAUUAGAUUUGGAUGCUGUGGCUCAACCUUCAGCAUUAGAAGAGAUCAGCGAUGAAGAGGCUGUCAGUAUAUCUGUUCCCUCUGGCAUCCCUCCAGCCUCCACCACUCUUAGAGAUUAUGUUGACAAGUCUGAGACACUUGGCAAGCUGGUACAACUAGGGGUGAACCUGUGGAAGCUGGAACAAAGGCCUAAUGUAGGCUCCAUGCUGCUGAGACUGAACUUCAAUGCAGAUGUGGCCCCACGGUUACUGUUUCUCAAAGACAUUGGCAUUGAGGAUUCUCGCUUCGGCUAUAUUAUCUCACACAACCCAUUCAUUCUCACUGAGAGUUUAGAAAACCUACAGUCCAGGGUAAACUACCUCAAGUCAAAAAAGUUCAGUUCAGAGACGGUCGCAUCCAUGGUGUCCAGAGCACCUUAUCUGCUCAACUUCAGCGUGAAGAGGCUGGAUAACAGAUUGGGUUUUUAUCAGCAGCAAUUGAACCUCAGUGUCAACAAUACGCGGGAUAUUGUAGCUCGUCUUCCCAGGUUACUGUGUGGCAGUUUGGAGCCUGUUAAAGAAAAUUUAAAGAUGUGUGAAAUAGAGCUUGGCUUUAAAAGAAAUGAGAUCCAGCACAUAGUUCUUGCUGUGCCCAAAGUUCUGACUGCCAAUAAAAGAAAGCUGACCGAGAUAUUUGACUUCAUCCACAACACCAUGAAGGUACCCCACCACCUGAUCACCAGGUUCCCGCAGGUCCUCAACUCCAAGUACUUGCGCCUCAGAGAGCGCCACCUGUUCCUUGAGUACCUCGGAAAAGCUCAGUAUGAUCCAACCCUGCCCAGCUACAUCUCUCUAGACCGCUUUGUGUCUUUGCCAGAUGAGACUUUUUGCACUGAGCUGGCUUUGGCCACAUUGGAAGAUUUUUAUUUGUUCCAAAAGACACUUUAAUUUUUCACGAAGAACCACACCAGUUAUGAGCAGACAUUAACAUGGAGCAUCAAAAGUGUUUGAAAUGUAUUGUAAAUAUAUGUUAAAUAAUAAUGUUCACAAUGUG